AUGAAGCAAGUCAUCCAUGCCCCCAGCUUCUUGGCAAAUUACCAGAUGUGGUGUGCAAAGGAUAAAAUAUCGGAGGUUGCCGACGUCGAAUUUGCAGCUCUAAUUACUCGCAUUUGCUCUUAUGCGACACAAUUUCUCCCCUCGCCAUCUCAUGCUGUUGAUCAAAUUCGCGGUCGGUCUCUAGCCGAUAUUCGUGACACAUGUACUAAUAUCGGGAACAAUCUUGCUACAACAUGCGAGAUUCUCGACUGGAAAGGCACUUUGGUCCGUGUUCAACACAUCAUUUUUGCUGCAUUGAAAGUUUCAUGUGAAGGGAGGACUGCCCAAUUCUGGGAGGGCAUAGCUUCUGCAUGCAGAGCUGCUCAAAAGGCUGGCAUCCACACUCAUCUUACCAGUUUGAUGGAAUCCCAGCUUGGUAAAGAUAGUGCCCAGGAGUUAGAAAGAGAUGUUCAGCGGAGAACAUUUUGCAGCCUCUAUGUUUUGGACAGUCAUUUGUCCAGACAACUAGAUCGGAUCCCGUUCUUACCCAAUCACUUGGUCGAGCAAACAUUGCCCCAGCUACAUUUGAUCCCAGACAUUGGCCAUAUACCGGCAGAAACUGCUGCCAGAGCGCCCGACAUAUUCACCGAACGUCUCAUGCAAGUUCAGCUUGGCUUGUUUUGGCGAGGCCUUGGGUUGCAGCGUACCGCUGAGUUUGACCCGACCGAGAGUGAGCGGAGAUAUGACAAGUUCAACCCCGAGUAUCUCAGCAACUUACACCCGGCCUUCGCUGUAGCCUACCCAGACACGACUUUGGAUCAGGCUCUCCCAAAACUACCCAUGCAAAGACAACUUCUAUAUCUCGAGAUUUUCGACUCAAUUUGUUGGAACUUCCGACCUCUCCUGCUACUCAAACCAAACCAAGUUGCAAGCUUAGCCCCAUACAAGAAAGUUCUGCUCCGGUCGCAGAAGCAGAGACUUGGUAUGGCUGCACUGAAAGUGCUCGAAGCUGUUACAGCCCUUCAUACAAUGGUUGGGGGCUCCCAUACGCGCUUUUCUGCAAUUAUUUUCAACUCUGAGCCUGCCAUUCUUCUGCUUAAUCUCUGUUCCCAUGCAGAUUUCCCAUUUGAUCAGGACGAUAAUAGCCCGAACCUUAUGGGAAUCAAAGUUAGAAUGACAUAUCAAAUAGCAAUGCAGGCAGUAGAGCAGGCUAUUCGUCGCCUUCAAAUGCUAGCCGAGCUCAGUGACAUGUCUGCAUCUGGAGCCCGCGUGGCUAUUCAGCUUUUUGUCAGAACUCUGCAGGCCAAGCAGCCAUCUAGUCCACUCGCUCUCAGUUCAUCUGUUUCCGGCUCUUUAGGGCCAGCCCGGUCACCGACUCCGAUAGGGAUGUAUGGUGAACAGGAAAAGUGGCCGUCUUUGGAGGCAGGGGAUCCUUACUCAAUGCCCGAUAAUCUUUUCUCAAUGGCGCAACAAGACUCUUUUCCAAACCCCCAGUUUUCCUCUUUAGACUUCCCCAUGCUUUGGGAUGACUCAUAA